GAAGACAGGAUCCCGGAACCCAUGCAGUGUGACUCAUCUCGUUUGUCUCCUGAGGAAAGACUUCGUCGUUUACAUGGUGGUCUAUGUAUGUACUGUGGCGGGGCUGGUCACGUUUUACGUGAUUGUCAGUCCCGUCCGCAUAGACGUCAGGCGCUGACCCCUGGAAAACGCGUGGAUCCUACUCCACGUGCUAAAGUGGUGAGUCUUCCCACUCAGGGGUUAGUUUCACGGUCUUUCUUGUUACCUGUUACUCUCCACUGCCCUCCAUCUGUUUCUGUUUUCUCAGCCCUGAUUGACUCCGGUGCAGAGGGAAACUUCAUAAACAAGACCAUCGUGGACCAGCUGAAGAUUGCUACAACUCCGUUGGAAGCAUCACUGAAAGUUUCUGCACUGGAUGGGGGGCCUGUAGGUACUGGAACUAUUACACACAAGACUGAGCCAGUUAAGUUAGCUACCAGUUUUCUACAUGUGGAAUUUAUUAGUUUUCUCAUCCUUGACACUUCAGAAUUUCCCAUAAUUUUAGGUCUGCCCUGGUUAAAACAGCAUGACUCUCUGAUCUCGUGGUCAGACCAAGAGCUGCUUUCUUGGUCCCCCUUCUGUUUGGAGAACUGUUUAACUACCCCUGUUAUGUCUGUUGGUGCCACUUCUGUUGAGAACCCUGUUAUUAAUGCUAAGUUACAGAUCCCUCCUGAAUAUCAGGAUCUCCAAGAAGUAUUUAACAAAGUAAAUGCCACCAAAUUGCCUCCUCAUAGAGAAUAUGAUUGCGCAAUUGAGCUCCUUGAUGGGGCUACUCUACCAAAGUCCAGAGUUUAUCCCCUUACUCAGGCUGAGGAGAAAGUUAUGGAAGAAUACAUAGAGGAGUUCCUAGCUCAGGGUUUCAUCCGACCGUCCGAAUCUCCAGCAGCUUCUGGGUUCUUUUUUGUUCAAAAAAAAGAUGGAGGAUUACGUCCCUGUAUAGAUUAUAGAGGUUUAAAUCAGAUUACUAAACCAUAUCCCUAUCCUCUACCUCUUAUCCCAGUAGCUUUAGAACAAUUAAGAGGAGCCACGAUUUUUACUAAACUUGAUCUUAGAAGUGCCUAUAACCUAGUUCGAAUUAAAGAAGGUGAUGAAUGGAAGACCGCUUUUGUUACCACUAGGGGGCACUAUGAGUACCUUGUUAUGCCUUUUGGUUUACGUAAUGCCCCUUCCGUCUUCCAGGCUUUUGUCAAUGAUGUUUUUCGUGAUAUGAUUGGCCAGUUUGUCAUUGUAUCCAUAGACGAUAUCUUGAUCUAUUCAGAUUCAUUCGAAAAUCACGUUCAUCAGGUCCGUCAGGUACUCACUAGACUGCUUGAGCACCAGUUAUAUGUCAAAGGUGAAAAAUGCGAGUUCCAUCUCCCUUCCACCACGUUCCUCGGUUACAUCAUUAGCCCCACGGGUAUCACCAUGGAUGACCACAAGGUGGAGGCUGUUGUCAGUUGGCCCCGACCCAGAUCAGUUAAAGAUCUUCAAAACAUUUUAGGGUUUGCCAACUUUUAUCGGAGGUUUAUUAGAAAUUUCAGCAGUAUUGCUGCUCCCCUCACGGCUCUUUUGAAAGGAGCUACCAAAACUUUGACAUGGUCUAGUCAGGCUGAGCAGGCUUUUCAGACACUUAAGGAUUCAUUCACUUCAGCUCCUAUCCUUAAACACCCUGAUCCUAGUCAGCCCUUUGUAGUAGAAGUUGAUGCUUCAGAAACCGGUGUAGGUGCAGUCUUAUCACAAAGAUUAGGGGAUCCUCAGAAACUUCACCCUGUAGCUUUUUUCUCCCACAAACUCACACCCACUGAACGAAAUUAUGGCAUUGGUGAUAGAGAACUACUGGCCAUUAAACUUGCAUUUGAGGAGUGGAGACAUUGGUUAGAGGGGGCUAAUUAUCCGUUUAUGGUGUUAACUGACCACAAGAAUUUAGAAUAUUUGAAUUCAGCCAAGAGGUUAAACCCUCGUCAAGCCCGUUGGUCCCUGUUUUUCUCUCGUUUUGAUUUUUCUAUCACUUAUCGGCCUGGUUCUCGUAAUGGUAAAGCUGAUGCUCUGUCUCGUAUGUAUACUGAUGAGGCACCUCAAGACACUUCCUCUGAGACCAUCCUGCAACCCGGUGUGGUCGUGUCCAGUAUCAGAUGGGAGGUCGAUGAUGAGAUCGAGAGGGCUUUACAGGAUAUUGAAAUACCUUCUCAGUGCCCUUCAGAUAAGUUAUAUGUACCUGUUAACUUUCGAGAUCGUUUGAUUACGUGGGCCCAUUCAUCUAUUACUUCUGGGCAUCCUGGUGAGACCCGUACUCAGCAGCUUUUGCUCAAUAGAUAUUGGUGGGAGAGCAUGUCUAGUGAUGUACAUAAAUUUGUGCCCUCAUGUUCUGUCUGUUCUCAGUGCGAAACCCCCAAGACUUUGCCUGCUGGCAAACUAGUCCCCUUACCUGUUCCCAGUCGUCCCUGGUCUCAUUUGGCUGUAGAUUUUGUCACAGAUCUUCCCCUGUCUCAGUCUUACACUACCAUUCUUACAGUCAUUGAUAGAUUCUCCCGUGGAGUUAGAUUUAUUCCUUUUCCAUCACUACCCACAGCGUUUCAGACAGCUGAGGUCCUGUUCAACUAUGUAUUUCGCAUUUUUGGUAUUCCUGAGAAUAUUGUAUCUGAUAGGGGCCCUCAAUUUACCUCUCAGGUCUGGUCAGCCUUUUUCGAACUUUUAGGUGUCUCUGUAAGUCUGUCCUCUGGUCCGUUGGACGAGGCUACGCCUGGGGAGACUCCUCCACCUCCGGUGACUGUUGAUGGGUCGACUGUUUAUGCUGUUCGGCAGUUGCUGGACUCGCGGCGGCGUGGGGGCACUCUGCAGUAUCUGGUCGACUGGGAGGGGUAUGGUCCAGAAGAGAGGAGCUGGAUCCCUGCAUCGUAUGUAGCAGAUCCUGGCUUGAUUGCUGACUUCCAUCAGCGUCACCCCGAGAAACCGGCUCCUCGUCCUAGAGGUCGGCCACGACUCAGAUCUCCCAGUUCAUCCAGCGCUCGUCCCAGGGGCCGCCCUGCAUACAGAUCUCUGAGCUCAUCAGGUGCCCGUCCUGGUAGCUGUCCGAGAGGUCGUCCAAGGAAAUCCAGUUCUGUCCAGCAACGACAUGGCAUCAAGGACUUUGUUUUUCUUGGAGAAUUGUCCUCAUCUACUGCUCAAGAGUGGACAGAAACAGUUUCUGUAAAUGGAACAGACAUCCAGUUCAAAUUAGACACAGGAGCAGCGGUGUCAGCUUGGGCUUGGGCUACUGCGCAGCCAUAUCACAUUGAACUGGAGAAAGAUGCAACGCCAUAUGCACUUUCAACACCCCGCAGAGUACCACUACCACUGAGAGAUAAGGUGAAGGAGGAGCUAGACCGGAUGGAGUUUAUGGGGGUCAUUUCCAAGGUGAGCAGCCCUACAGAAUGGUGCGCAGGGAUGGUCGUGGUUCCAAAGCCAAGUGGGAAGAUUCGCAUAUGUGUAGAUCUCACAAACUUGAAUAAGUGGGUCAAAAGAGAACGCCACAUCCUGCCAGCUGUAGACCAGUCUCUAGCAAUGCUGUCAAAUGCCAAGGUUUUCACAAAAUUGGAUGCUAGGUCAGGCUUCUGGCAGAUUCCCCUCACAAAUGAAUCAAAGCCUCUCACUACAUUCAUUACCCCAUUCGGGAGAUAUAUUUUUAAUCGGCUCCCUUUUGGAAUUGUAUCUGCCCCAGAACACUUUCAACGCAGAAUGUCACAGCUACUAGAGAACUAUGACGGAGUGAUCUGCCAUGCUGAUGACAUUCUUGUCUUUGGCCAAGACAAAAUGGAGCAUGAUCUGUGUCUGCACCAGGUGUUGCAGAAACUUCAGUCUGAGGGCCUCACACUAAAUGAAAAAGUUAUGGGCAUGGCAAAUUAUCUCGCCAAAUUCCUCCCGCAACUCGCUUCUUUCACAACUCCAUUGAAAGAGUUACUGAGAGAAAGAAAUGAGUGGUGCUGGGGAGAUCCACAGAGAACAGCUUUCUGCAAGCUGAAAGAAGAGCUGAGAUCGCCAAACGUAUUGGCCCAGUAUUCACCAGAGAGAGAGACCAGGGUAGCAGCAGAUGCAUCCUCGUAUGGCAUCGGGGCUGUACUUACACAAAGACAGCUUGAUGGCACGUGGAAACCUGUCACGUACAUUUCAAGAGGGCUGAGUGACACAGAGAAGCGCUAUGCGCAAAUCGAAAAAGAAGCACUGGCAGUAACAUGGGCAUGUGAAAGGUUGGUCUCAUAUCUCCAAGGUCUUCACUUCACGUUACUCACUGACCAUAAACCACUCAUACCACUGCUGGGUACCAGAGGCUUAGAUGAGUUACCACCAAGAAUUCUCAGAUUUCGCCUUCGCCUCUUGAGAUUCUGUUAUGACAUACAACAUGUUCCAGGGAAAAAACUCAUAACUGCGGACACGCUGUCUCGUGCACCACUGAGUGACGCUUUGACACUAGCUGAUCAGCAGUUGGAAAAAGAUGUUCAGGUUUUCGUGGACACUAUAGUGGCAUCACUGCCAGUGACAGAGGCUCGUCUGAAACAGAUACAAGAGGCCCAAGCAGCGGACAACACAUGUCAGAAAGUAAAACACUACUGUUUAGCUGGCUGGCCAGAGAAACAUGCUGUACACAAAGACCUCAAGCACUUUUGGCAAGUUAGAGCUGAACUGACCGUGGUUGACAAUCUCCUUCUGAAAAGUGACAGAUUAUUAAUUCCAGUUCAGCUGCAGAAAGACAUCCUUGAAAGGAUCCAUGAGGGACACCAGGGCAUUUCUAAAUGCAGAGCCAGAGCUCAUCAUUCUGUUUGUUGGCCAGGUCUGUCAUCUGAAAUUCGGCUGAUGGUAGAAAACUGUGACAUAUGCAUGCAACACAGAGUGCAGAGGUGUGAGCCACUGUUAUCUAGUCCAGUCCCAGUUCGCCCAUGGAGUAAAGUAGGUAUGGAUCUCUUCGAGCAUGAAAAGAAAUCCUAUAUGCUCAUUGUUGACUAUUUCUCCAGAUACAUCGAAGUGGCAGAGCUCAAAACCACAUCCUCAGAGGUCACAGUGCGAGCAAUCAAAGAAGCAUUUGCACGUCACGGCAUCCCUGAUGAGGUUGUUUCUGACAAGGGACCUCAGUUUGUGUCAAACACCUUUCGAAAUUUUGCACGUGAGUUCAAAUGCAUACACACCACCUGCAGCCCACGUUAUCCUCAGGCUAAUGGGGAAGCAGAGAGGGCAGUGUGCACUCUCAAAGGACUGGAAAAAGGAGAGAGACUUCAGCAAAGCAUUGCUAGCUUACAGAGCAACGCCUUUAGAGCAUGGUUUCUCUCCCUCCCAGCUGCUUAUGGGGAGACGCUUGCAUACUACAUUACCCCAACCUCCUGGAAAUUCUCCAGCAUGGCCUAA